AUGGAGAGACCGAUCCUGCCGACGGACGAGGCGGCGCUCAAUGUGCAGUUGCGUGGGGCAGAGGCCCGUGCUGGGCACGAGCAGGCCAUGGGGCAAAAACAGGGACAGGGACAGGGACAGGGUCACCACCAAGGGCUGCGGUCUGUGUCGAAUAGGAACGUUGCAGAGUUGUUGAAGGGUGUCCCUGGGCAGCAGAGGGCGCUGACGGAUAUGGGGAACUUUAUUGAGGAGUUUAGGAAUGGUGCCGCUCAUGGGGUGGAUGACGGGGACCAAGACAGCCUGGGCAGCGUGGAUAAUACUACGAAAGCUGCUGGUGGUGAGGAGCAGGAACAAGUCGAGGAGUGGGCGGACCGUGGGGCGGCGAAGAUUGUUAAGGAGACCGUGGAUUCUCGCACCGGGGAGCGCACUAGGCGUGUUGUGAAGAGGGGGAUCAAGGAUUUCGCAUUUGGCGACACGAUUGGCGACGGUGCGUACUCUACCGUCGUGUUGGCAACAUCAAAGGAUUCAGGGAGGAAGUACGCAGUCAAGAUGCUCAACAAGGAGUACCUUAUCCGGCAAAAGAAGGUGAAAUACGUCAACAUCGAGAAAAACGCACUGCAGCGCGUCAACGACUCUCCCAUGGUGGUCCGGCUGUUCUUCACUUUUCAGGAUGAGGCAAGCUUGUAUUUCCUCUUGGAGUUCGCACCAAACGGGGACUUCCUCUCCCUGAUGAAGAAAUUUGGAUCCCUUAACGAGGACGCAGCGAAAUAUUACAGCGCGCAGAUUAUAGACGCCAUUGGGUUCCUCCACUCGCGUGGGAUUGUUCACAGAGACAUGAAACCAGAGAAUAUCCUGUUAGACAAAAACUGGAAGAUCAAGAUCACAGAUUUCGGAACCGCAAAAAUCCUCGAGAAGACAGCACAACAGGAGGCCGGCGGCAGUGGUCCGGAGUACAACCUCCUCACACGGUCGAAAUCUUUCGUGGGCACCGCAGAGUACGUCUCCCCUGAAUUGCUCAACGACAGCUUCGUGGAUUACAGGUGCGACAUAUGGGCGUUCGGGUGUAUCGUGUACCAGAUGCUCGCGGGGAAACCACCUUUCAAAGCGACAAACGAAUACCUUACCUUCCAAAAAGUAAUGAAAGUUCAAUACGCUUUCACCGCUGGGUUCCCCUUAGUCAUCAGAGAUCUCGUCAAGAGGAUCCUUGUCAAGGACUUGGACAAGAGACUCACCGUCCAACAGAUCCAGAGACACCAUUUCUUCAAGGGGGUGAACUUUAAGGACGGGUCCGUAUGGUCCGCACGCGUACCGGAACUGUCACCGUUCAAGAUCAACGCAAAAUCUAUGCAGCCAGUGGCAGCACUCAAGGAUAUUUACAAGAAACCAACUCACUACGGGGCACCGAAAAAGACCGCUUCAAGCCCUGCUGUGGCGACGCUUUCCACUGCAGGGCAGAGCACACCAACGAGAUUGGGGUCCGCUAGUGUUGCGACUACUCCAACAGUGAGCACAACUCCAACUGCAGGGCAGCCCACACCACCGGCCACUGCGACAGACUCAGACACGAAGCUACAGAAGAAAUCAACAGACGAGAGAACAGCAGCGAUCCUGGAAAAUGCACGGAGAACCGUCCACUCGAGGAGACAGAACAUCAAGAACAGGGCGCCCUCAGGGUCCGUCCUUGCGGCGAACAUCGCCUUCAACAAAAAGUCUCCUGCUGAAUCGUCAAACUCGUCGCUGUCCUCGUCACCUGGUUCACCGCACCAGCCACAUGCGGGGCGGACACACUCAGCGUCCCCGCUAGCCCACACUAAACAGCACGCAGAACAACACACUAGGGGCACGAACUCCGCGAGUACACCGGAGCUGCCCACGAGACCGAAAACGGCCCCCGUGACGGACUCGCCAGUGGUGGAACAACCGCUGGAGGAACCACCAUCCGUGCCCCGUGCGCCACCACCACACACACCGCUCAACAAACAAGACGUUCAGUGGUCGUUCUUCUUGAAAGAUAUCAACGAGCACGUAAUGAAGUCACAAGAGAUGCUCGUCUCCGCACUGGAUUCGGAGACUUUGGACAGGAAAAUGGGCAGGGCCCGCAGAUCCAUCAUCGAGUCGCCCUACUUCAACAACGGGAGGACGUCACUGCUGUCGCAAGUAGCUAGGAACGGCGGAGAAGUCACCGGGUUCAGGUACCAGGAUACACAGCUCGCAGAAAAACAGUACUACGAGGAACCCGCCGGGAACGGUGCGCAAAUCGUAGAUGAGUACCUCGUGCCGCAUUUCGACUUGCUUCAACUGCUCCUGAGCGACUCGACGGACGAAUCGCUCCUCCCCAUGGGCGUCAACGCGGACAGUACAUCGUCGACGACUUCAUCUGACCAAACGGGUGCAGAAGAGAAUGGUGUGUUUUCGGGCAAAGUGAGGAAAUUCUUUCAAAACGCGGCCUCUGGUGGGUUAAUUGAGGGCCAACAACUGCACGACAAAUUCUACAAAAGAGUUGUGCUGUUGACGACUUACGGCCGGCUUCUCGUGUUUUCGAAGACGAAAUCCUCGUCUCCGACUUCGAAUGCCCCUUACGAACUCGCGUACGAUAUUAAUGUAUGUCAAGCGGGCAUCAAAUUCAGAGAGGUCGUUAUGGACAACGAACAAAAUAGCAUGAUUGUCAUUCAGACCCCUUACAAAGCAUUCCUUUUUGUCAGCGCCGGUAACACUUUCUCAGUCCCAUACGGUAAAGCGGCGGAACACAACAACGUCCCAGCGUGGUUCAAAGCUUUGAAGAAGAGCACAAGCAUGGUUAACGAGCGCAGGAAACCGCCCAGACCGAAAACAUCAGAUUCACCAGCUACAACACCAAAGACCAACAAGAACGCAAAUAAUAAGAGCCCAUACACGGAGAAACCGGCCAAAUUCAAGUCCUCCGACUUGCUCGCAAAGACGGCCAGUUCCCCAGGGAAUAGUCAAUACAUGGAAAGGACAACGAAUUUCGUGUUAUCCCCACAACUCGCGGAGACAAAACAGUCUGCACUCUCGCAACCCGUAGACAACGCGGGAGGCAACAGAACCAGCAGAAUGUUCGACUCGUACGUCAGCGUCAAGCAGAAACAGCACAGAAAACACACGGCUGUGCCGCUACCCUCCAAAUCAAACCUCGUCAGUGGACUACCUAGUACAUCUGCAUCGACCCUCCUAGGGCUGGGAUUGAGGAGCGACCAUCAUAAGAGUGACAGCAACCAUAGAAGCUCAUCUCGGUCGUCAGGUGGGAAAGGGUUAUUGGGAGGUUCGAAGUUCGGGUUCAGACAUAACUGA